GUUUCCGGCCGCGGCGGACACUUCCAGCGGAGGGACUGUCCCGUGGCACCCGGCCGGGCCGACGAAGACGGGAGGACGGGAACAGCGACGAUGGACGAUCACAACCUGGAGGAGUUCCGCCGGCGCUGGCAGGAGGAGCUGGCACAAGCCCAGGCGCAGAGGAAGAGGCGGCGGCCCGAGGUGGCGCCGGGGCGCGGCGAGCAGGCUUCGGGGUACCUGGCGCUGGCCCAGGGCCUCCUGGAGGGCGCAGGGCGGCCCCCGGUGGCGCGGGCUACGCGGGCUGAAAAGCAGGACGCGGCCAGCCCUUCCCGCUCUCCUCCGGCCCGCGAGGGCGCCGGGGGUGGGGAGCAGCUGCAGGAGCAGCUGGUGGACCAGCUCAUCCGCGACCUGAAUGAAAUGGAUGAUGUGCCCUUCUUUGAUAUCCAACUGCCUUAUGAAUUGGCAAUCAAUAUAUUUCAGUAUCUGGACAGGAGAGAAUUAGGAAGGUGUGCACAGGUGAGCAAGACAUGGAAGGUGAUUGCGGAAGACGAGGUGCUAUGGUACAGGCUGUGCCAGCAGGAAGGGCACCUUCCUCAGAGCAGCAUCUCCGAUUAUUCGUGCUGGAAGCUCAUCUUCCAAGAGUGCCGAGCCAAGGAACACAUGUUAAGAACCAACUGGAAGAAUCGCAAGGGUGCCGUGAGUGAGCUGGAACACAUCCCUGACGCGGUUUUGUGUGAUGUGCACUCUCACGACGGCGUGGUCAUUGCCGGAUAUACAUCAGGGGACGUGCGGGUGUGGGACACCCGCACCUGGGACUACGUGGCCCCCCUCCUGGAAUCCGAGUAUGAGGAGGACGAGCCUGGAAUGCAGCCAUAUGUCUCCUUUGUGAGGAUAAACAGCUCGCUGGCGGUGGCGGCUUAUGAGGAUGGAUUUCUUAAUAUCUGGGAUCUAAGGACUGGAAGGUACCCUAUUCAUCGUUUUGAGCACGAUGCAAGAAUCCAGGCACUAGCGCUUAGCCGGGAAGAUGCAACCGUCGCCACAGCCUCGGCGUUCGAUGUCGUAAUGUUGUACCCCAAUGAGGAGGGAUUCGGGCAAGUAGCUGCAGAAUUCGAAGUUCAGAAACUGGUGGACUACCUUGAAAUAGUUCCAGAUACUGGAAGGUACCCUGUGGCAGUGGCUGCUGCCGGAGAUCUGGUCUACCUGCUAAAAGCUGAAGACUCUGCCAGAACCCUUCAUUAUGUCUACGGCCAGCCCGUCACGUGUCUGGAUGUUUCAGCCCACCAGGUUGCUUUUGGCGUGAAGAGUCUUGGAUGGGUGUACGAAGGAAACAAGAUCCUGGUGUACAGCCUGGAAGCAGAACGCUGCCUGUCGAAGCUGGGGAACGCGCUUGGUGACUUCACGUGCGUCAACCUCAGGGACAGCCCUCCCCACUUCAUGGUCAGCGGCAACAUGGACAGGAGGGUGCGGAUCCAUGACCUCCGCAUGGACAAGAUCGCCCUGUCACUCUCCGCCCACCAGCUAGGGGUCUCUGCUGUCCAGAUGGACGACUGGAAGAUCGUCAGCGGGGGCGAGGAGGGCCUGGUGUGUGUGUGGGAUUACCGGAUGAACCAGAAGCUGUGGGAAGUACACUCCAGACACCCCGUCCGCCACCUCUCCUUCAACAGCCACAGCCUCAUCACGGCCAACGUGCCGUACGAGCGGGUGGUGCGGAACGCCGACCUGGACAGCUUCACCACACACAGGAGGCACCGGGGGCUGAUCCACGCCUACGAGUUUGCGGUAGACCAGUUGGCCUUUCAGAGCCCGCUGCCCAUCUGCCGUCCUUCCUGUGACACCGCGGCUGGCCACAACUACGACCUGGCACUGGCCUUUCCCCAUGACCACGUGUAGGGGGACUGCCUCAUCGGGACCAGGGAGAGAAACCAGCUGGGCCCUCCCUGCCUUCAUGUCCCCUCCGCUAUUCCCCGCCCCUCAGUCACUUGGGCUGUCUGUCCUCGGCCUUGUGGCUACAGGUACCACACUUGAUUCAAACACUGCCUUCUCCUCCACGCACCGAGACCUCUGCUUAGGCCCCCCCACCCCACCCACUUGGACUCGCCGCUCUCUUGGUGGCAGCUCUUCCCCCAAGGCCAGAAUGAGCCCAGCUCACCCAGGCCGCUCUCCGGACUCUCCCUGGGGCCUUGGCGUGCGCUGGUCUCUGGCUCACCGCUCUCCCCGGUGGCCUGUGCGGGCGCCUCCAGCACUGUAUGGCGGUACUUCUGCAUCCCUUGAACCGUGCUGUAUAGGACGUGUUUAUACAGUUAUUUCAUUAACGAC